UUCUCGGUACAUUCCCUGGCCGUCAUCAUAGUCGCGAACAAGCGGAUUUUUUUUGCUGUAAAAAGAGAGUGCGUGAAUCGAAUGCGAAUGGCUGCGAAUCAAAAUCGACCAAUGCCUCGCAUGUGUCGCUAGAAGUGUUACCGCGGAAGUGAUAAUCGAUUGUUCGUGAGUGCUGUUGAGUUUUGUAGAUGCAAUCGGAGUUAAUUUUGCACUAAACGGCAGUGAAAAGUGCCUCGAAAUUUUCCCUGGUGCCCUCUUGAAGAAGAAAAAAAAAUUGGAGUGCCUCACACAAACACAUCUUGCCUUAUAACAUAACCUGCCCACACAUACGACUGUGCUGCUGUUCAGUCAUCAUCAUCGGGGUUCGUCUCCUUACAUGUAGAAUAACAGCAGCAGUAGCAGCAACAAAAAAUAAAUCGAGUGAGCCGAUAGAAGCCCACAGCUCUAGACGGCUGACUGCCAAUAAAUAGUAGGAAGGAAGCAGUGGCAGUAACACACGGAAGGUGCAGUGCGGACCGAGGAACGGUGCAGAAGCUAUCCCACGACACCAUCGUCGCAGUCGUCGCAGUCGCAGUCGUCGUCAUCAUCAUCAGUCUAUGCACCGUCUCUUCUUGGUGAGGGACCACCACCGACGAACUGAACGUGGAACCGAACGGCGCUGUGGACCUGUGUACCUUUGCGCUCUCAUCAAGCUGCUCAACAACCUCCCAGACCGUAGCCGUGCCCUGCAUCGGUUUGCGACGCGAACCCGUUGCUUUUUCGGUUGGGUUGGCGGUGGCGGCGGUGGCGGCGGCGGGUUGUAAGAAAUAUUCGGACAAUUUGUCGGUACCCCGGUCGGUACUAGAGCCCGAAAGGGGGCAACUACGAAGACGAACGCCUUAGCGGAAGAAAAAAAAAUAAAUAAAAUAAAAUAAAAGGGACGUGUGUGUAGCGACGACGAGGCAGGUAAAAUGUAAUUGUUUUUUCGUUGCGCGAUGAGUCCCGCAAAGUGUUAGAGAUUGGUGACCCCGGUGGGAACAAUCGGUUUUCGGAAGCAACAACUGCCACGAGAGCACACGGAAGGUGCGCGCACACACAGCGCUCUCUAGGGAGGAGGAAUCGAUCGGCAGUCGAAUAGCAGAGUAAAAAAAAGCCAACGACAACGAGAAACGAGGUCUGUGUGUGUGUGUGCGUCUGUACAGUAAAAUGAAACUGGUGUAUCACGACGAUCGCUUUUCCUACGACGAAAAAGACAACGGUUACGAUCGACUAAGCUGCUAUUGCCGCGUUGGUAAGAAUGUUGCUGUUGCCACCCGCGGACGUUGGUCAUCUGCAUCUACAACCCCUUUGUCCGAGGUCGAGUCCUGCUGCUGCUGCUGCUACUGCCACGGGCAGAUCGCUAGAACCGGCUGCCGCCAACAGGAAGAGCAAAACCGUCAACGUCCCGUGGAAUACCGUCUGCUGCAGCAGUGGAAUGUCGUUGAACGAUCACCGAUGGGCACCCGCUAUCACGUCACCGGUGUCAUUGGUCAGAAACAUCCGCUGGACCAACGUUACUGUCGUCCCGGCCGUGUGCACCACCGUUUCUAAACCUCUGGGACAAGUGCUGAACCCGGCUGACACAGCAGUUCCUCAUCGUGAACCGACCGCCACCAAUUCCAGACGAUCGAAGAGGAAUAACCUUGCCAGCUGUUCAGCCUUCAACCGCAGCGUCCCCAGUCCCCACCUGGAGGAAUCACCACAAAAAUAAACGCGUUUAUUAGUAUUUAGCAAACAACAGAAACUGACAACAACCCCCGCCCUCUCUCUGCGAAUAUAUCAAAUAAAAUAAAUCUAGAAGAAAAAAGUGAAAUGUUCUGUGAAUCGAAGAAUUGUGUAUAGUUGUUUAGUAGCCUAGGAUUACUAAGACUUCGUAACCGAGAAUCGACCAAAAAAAAAUAGAAGAUUAACUGCCUGCUGCGCGCAGUGGGCUGGCCAGUGUGAAGGCAGUUUGCGAAGUUUGUGUGUGGAAGUAGAGAAGAGCGAAAGACUCGUCUAGUUGGUUGGUUGGUUGAAUAGUGAAGAAAAUCCCGUGUGAAAAAAACGGCGCUGGAGAAAGACUCCCCCGACGCGCAGAAGGAACCGCAAAGAAGAAUUUCGAUUCGAGAGAAAGACGAAAAGCCAAAGUGAAAAGUUUUCGCCGAAAAGCAGCAUAUAAAAGUGUGUGCAGUUGAGAGUUGAAUAGAAGCGCAACUAGAGGCGGAGAAGAGAACACACACAGAAAGAGAAAGAGUAAAAUUAGAAGAAGAAGAAAAAACCCCGAAGAAGACGAAAUACGAAACAAAUUAACGACGUACGAAGGAAGCAAAAUAAGAGCAGACGGAGCAGACACCGACACACACAAGAAGAAGAAGAAGAAGAAGACGCCAAAAGCAACCUCUUUCAUUCAUAAGCAAUGAAUAGAAAUAUAGUAAAAUUCUAUGCAAUACUAUUCAUCAUGCUGUCAUCAGUUGUGUUAAUCACAGACUGCUGUUCGAGCAGAUCAAUGCCAAAAUCACGUCCCCGGCCAGUAUCGCACUUCCGUGGUGUGAUAACGACCUCAUCGGCGAAGAUCACGACCACCAAUGGCAAUGGUGAUUCGACCACAUUUACCCUGAUAACCACCAAAACGACGUCGACGGUCAGCGAGUCCCAGUCGGAGACGACCUCGACGGUGACGGAUCCAAGAAGUGGCCCAGGACCGGGUCCUGGUGGUGGUGGCGGAGGCGGCGGCGGCAUAGUUGGAGGUGGUGGUGGUGGUAGAAAUGCCGGUAUAAUCUCCUCCACGGGCAACGCGGCCGGAACCGGCAGUGGCGGCACCAACAGUAAGGACCAGCUCAUGCGAAUGGGUAAGUGUUCGCUGCUGUUCGAGGAAAACUACUGCCUGAAUGGCGGCAAGUGCUACAAUUUCACGAUCGCCAACUCGACGAUGCCAACGUGCGAGUGCGCCGACGGAUUCAUGGGUGAACGGUGCGAGUCAAAGUACUUGGAUGGGACUUACCUAAGCAUGCGUAAGUCCAAGAUACACAUCGAGACGGCCAGCAUCUAUUACGGGGCGUUUUUGGCACUGAUAGUGGUGCUAGUUUUGCUAUAUUUUCUGCACUGUUUCCAGUCGGCAUCGGCAGUUCUGUCGUCGUCGGCGGUUGGAAGCAGUAGCAAGCUGCUGAAGAAGAGUAAAAAGGUGGUGAGUUAGCAAGCUGCUGCUGAUACACCCCUUACUUCCCUCCUUCCCCCCACAAAUACCGUUCCUCCUGUAAGGAGAAGUGAGUACACACCGAGUCAGAUCCUAUUUCGUUUCGUUGUUUUGUUCAUGUUGGAUAUAAACUAGGCUAGACGUUUGAGGGAUGGCGCGCCCAAAUCGGGCGGCUUUUGUCUCGGGAGAUAAUUGGAUAGACUAAGUGCGACGGUAAAUUAUGAACAAAUUUAGACAGUUUUCUUUAGUAGGAAUUCCGCCCGUUUUCGGAAUGUUAGAAGAAGGAAGUUGAUAAAACGAUUCUGUUGGUCAUUCGAGAAUGCAACCAAAUGACAACGUUUGCGAACAAUUCCAAUCAGAGUCCCUCCUGGGCGAAGAGCGGGAUUCGAGUGUUUAGCGAGCACCAACAACAACAACAGAAAAAUUGGUGCUUUGUUUGUUGCAUGCAGGAUUUGCAUGGGUAUGAAACCGAAAGAUGAUAGUUUAGCUUAACACUCGAAUGCCACACGCUUGUCCGUCCGAAAAGGGAACCGGACUCGAGAGUAGUUUGCGCUGGAACAGCAAACACUCCGCAGCAUGCCGGAAGAUAGAUGGUAGACAGAAAGAAAAGAAGAACAAAAAAAAGCAAAUCAAAUGACACCGGAGAGGAACAGAGAAUGCAUUAAUUUAUUGCUAAUCCUUUAUUAUUAUUUUUCUUCCUUUAAGAAAUAUUUUCCAAGUGUAAAAAGUAGCUACUCUAGGGAAACCAUAGUGCUUAAGGGAAAGUAUCACUGGCGUUGAUAGGUUUAAGAGAUAAAAGUUUAGUUUAUUGUUAACGAGUAAGAACAAAAAAAAAAUCACCGCCUUCCAGAAAAGAAAUGGAAAACAAUAACAAAGCAAAGUAGCAAAACAAGUCAAUAGCAAACCGGAUUUUUUUCUUAUGUUUCCCAUCGAAAAACCACGUCAAUGAAAUAGUCAAUAAUUUUGUUUAGCUUUACACAGCCAAUCAUCGCAUUCGCAUUACCCAGAAAUCGCCACGCAUCUCAUCACCAUCACUUAUCAAAACUAACGAGCCAAAGAGUACGUUUUAGUACUUCUAGAAUUUGUAAGUUGCUGGAUUAAGAUAUUUCGUUCAGGUUUAUUAUUUUCUUUUUGGUUUCGCAUUGCCAGAUAUUAUAUUUAUGCUAAGUAUUACCCUGAAUCUCGUAUGGAAUAAAGCUGUCUAGAACACAUUAAUCAAUCAACAACAACUACACCGCUCUUCGUUACACAGCACACUGCUUAUCGGCAUCUUGUAAUCGUUGAUCAUGCACCAGAAUCGUUCCGCCGGAUGCCGCGAAAGGAACGGAACGGACCGGAGCGAGUAGUAAUAAGUGAACUGGCUGACGGUGAGGUUACAUUUCACGUGUGUAGCAAAAUUGGAGAAUGAUGACUGAUAGAAAAUAGCGCUGUCCGACUCGGAUUUGUUUUUCGUUGGUUACCGACGUACUUUGCAGUCCACAAGAGUCGUGCCAGACUAGUGGUAGCGAAUGACGGAAUGUGAUCGUUUUUGUUUGUCAAAUUGUUAAAAUUAGUAAAUGUUGCAACUCAGAGAAGAGUAUUUUUUUGUUUUUUUGCAGAAGGCAAUUUGUUUUUGACCAAAAUUAGGGCAUGCAAACAACAUCCAAAGUUUCCGUUUUUUGAGUCAAAUUUUUAAUUUGGAAUGUGAUUGUAUAACUUUCGUAGUUUUGUACGCAGUUAAGCGUACUGUUCUCUGAACUUUUUUCCAAUAGUUUUUAGUUUGGAGUUUUGUUUUGUGUUUGAAUGAAACUUUUUUCUUUGGUCCUGAAAGAGACUGUUAUGUUCUCUGAUCAGCAACCAUCAGUUGAUCAAUUGUAUGAGAAUUGGUCCACUAAGCUCUCGGUAGCGUGUUCCUACUGUUCUUGGUUAUUACUCAUUCCGAUCCGGAAUGGGGCUGAGCUUUCAAUGAUUUCAAUUCAACUUCAAAAUUAUAAUUAAAUGAAACAAGUUUCAUUAGCACAUUCAGUUUUCUAGAAAUCCAUUUCACUUUUUCGCAAAAUCGUCGUUCACUUCUAAGGAGGUAUUCUUUUUUUAACGCGAUUAUUGUUCAUUAUACCAAUAUAAGUUUCAUCAAUUGGGUUUAUUGCAGGAUCUAAACAGAUUAUGAGAGCUUGAAGUGUACCUCGCGCUACUCUCACCAUCCCUCUUCUUGACAGGAUUGCGUCCGUACGAGUCGUCUGAAAUUAGCAAAUGAGAUGUCAUUUUACUCAGGCGAAAAUCCGUUACAAGAUCAACUACGCUUGCAGCUACAAAAUCUAACUUUUCCAUAUUUUUACUAGAAAUAAUAGUUAUUUUUUGUAUCAUAAUGUUAAUCUUUUUCUUUAAAUCAUGGCGAAUAAUUUGAUUUAUCGCGCCCUAUAAAUCUGUUUGAUCGUUUUCGAGUAAUCUUGUCAAGAAGUUGGAAUAUAUUGGUACUGAGAAAAGCGCGUCCAAAGUUUGAUCGCAGUUUUUACUAGCUUUUCGGGUAAUAUACAUAAGCUUACUGCGUCAGUCUGCGAUUUCGAUUGUUUUACUCAGAAAAAAAAACAUCUUAUCGCCUUCUCUAGGUCGUUUUUUAAGGGAGCGGGUCAUAUCGCCGAAAGCCAUUUCGCCGAAAGUCGUUUCGCCGAAUGCCAUUUCGCCGAAAGGGUAAUUUCGCCGAAAAGGUCAUUUCGCCGAAAGUCGUUUCGCCGAAAGGGUCAUUUCGCCGAAUGGGUCAUUUCGCCGAAAGUCGUUUCGCCGAAAGGGUCAUUUUGCCGAAAGGGUAAUUUCGCCGUAAGGGUCAUAUCUCCUGCAUGUUAUAUCUCCUGUAUAACUGAUGUGGCGCAGCCACAUAACCGAAGCCAAGAUGGCUCGGCGGCACAAAGCCGCCGAGCCGACGCCAGCUGAGUCGGCCGCCGACCCGGAAGCGGCGCCGCGUCGGAAGCGGCGGCCUCUUGCAUACAAACAUGUAACCGCCUCGUUUGCCCGGUCUACUCAAAGCUAGGUUUCUUUGCUUUAGUUAGGUCCGAACGAGCGGUAGCGAGGUCGGACAGCACAUGAACCAAAACGAUGUGGCGUAGCCGCAUUAGAUAUUUUUUCAUUUUCACUUAAUAAACGGAAAAUACCACCUACAUUUGCCUGGUAGAUACACCUAUGCAAUUGCUUUGGUGCUUACUAGCUAAUAAUCAACAAGUUUUCUUGGGAACUACUUUCUGAGGUUCAUGAAUUAAUCUUUAUUCAAGAGUACAACAAUCAAUCAUUAUUCAAGAAGUACAAUGGUAGGUCAACAAAACGGGCGUUAACGCUAUCAUCUUUCGUUUGUCUUUAAUUUAAAUUAAUUUUAAUUACGAUUUCAGGAUUCGGCGAAAUGACCCUUUCGACGAAAUGGCUUUCGGCGAAAUGACAUUCGGCGAAAAACCCUUUCGGCGAAAUGACUUUCGGCGAAACGGCUUUCGGCGAAAUGGUUUUCUGCGAAAUGACCCUGAUCCGUUUUUUAAACACAUAACAUCGGGCGCCCCACAAGGAAGUCAUCACGUACCACCUCUGUUUGUGGUAUUCGUGAAUGAUAUUUGCAAUAAACAAAUGAACUUUGAAUAAGCCAUAUAGGUUAGUGUAACAAAUAAGGCAUAAUAGUGUUUGUUUUGUUUCGAUUUUUCGUUCAAUGCAUAGGACGCUGGUCUUACAAGUCAGCUGUCGUCUAUUCGAGCCCCGACCUGGAAGGAUUCUUAGUGUCAGUAGGAUCCAUAGUACUAGCCAUGCAAUGAUUCUGUACACUAAGAAUCGGCUGCGAAGUCUGUUGAAACAGAUGUUUCGCCUUAUAUUUUAAACGAAUGCUCAAUCGUGGUUCCAGCUGAUCUUUGGUAACUGUAAAAACUUAUGUCGCUCUAGAACCUCGUUUCGCCUAAUCUCUGCUGUCAGUCCGAUGUUUCUAAGUUAUAAAUUUAAAAAAAUGUUCGUUGUCUAAAAAAAACAGUUAUUUGGGAAGACAAACGAUGAUAGAAACCAAAUAAUAGUUCGAUAAAUGUUACGGGGUUAAUUCUCCUUCAGGAUUACACCGUGAAAUAGUGGUUUCGAUGUGAUAGUCGAAAAUCAACUGCUGAGAAUACCCACAGUGACAGGUCUCACGAUGCGGUUACUCAGGAUAGCAUCAAAAUUACAUAAAAUGAUGCUGGAAGAAGUGAAAGUGCGUGAGUUAACAGACUCUCUGAGGAUUAAAAUUGAAGGCUCAAGCCACGGUGUGGUCAAGAUUAUUGUGCAAAUGAAAAAUAUUUCCUAUCGCUGGGUACCGCACGCGUUUAUUCAGGACUAAAAAGACCAACGCAAGCGCACUUCGGAAGCAGUUUUGGCUGUAGUGAUUCAAGUUCGGUUAGACUUCAUUCCUAACAAUGGACUGAAAUCCGCACGAGUGUUUUCUGGUAUUAUCAUGGUGUACAUGGAAAUCAUUGUUAAAUGGGCUUACAUGAAGCAAAAUUGAAUAUUGUUUUCGCUACUAUCAACAAUUUAGGAUUUCAAUUACAUUCCCAUCCACUUCAUUUGUUCGAUUUGGUGUCCUCGAACUAUUAUCCUAAACCUCAAACCAUCUCUGAGAAAUCGAAGAGUUUUCUUUUGGAGUUUUCGAUGGCUACAUUCGAACCCUUUUUUUUCGUUCUUCACAAUACGAACGUGCUUUUCGUGAAUGAUCAAUGUAGUGACUUGUCGCCAUUUAAAGUUCAUUUUAUUUGAAUGUUCAGUGAUGACAGUUCCAGUUCGAAGAACUUUUGUCUGUUAAAAACGUUAAAAACUCCUAUUCUCGAUCGUAACAGUUCGGCUGAAAUCUUCGUAUCGUUUAAUAGAAACACACAUUUUUUUGCCAAAAUUCGUUUUUAUUAUUCAACAUAAUUGCCAUCAGAGGCGAUACAGCGAUUAUAGCGAUCUUCCAACUUUUCGAUACCAUUUUUGUAGUACGAUUUGUCCUUUGCCUCAAAAUAGGCCUCAGUUUCAGCGAUUACCUCUUCAUUGCUUCUAAAUUUUUUACCAGCGAGCAUUCUCUUGAGGUCUGAGAACAGGAAAAAGUAACUGGGGGCCAAAUCUGGAGAAUACGGUGUAUGAGGGAGCAAUUCGAAGCCCAAUUCGUUCAAUUUCAGCAUGGUUUUCAUCGACUUGUGACACGGUGCAUUGUCUUGAUGAAACAAAACUUUUUUCUUCUUCAAAUGAGGCCGUUUUUUUUUUAAAUUUCGUCCUUCAAACGCUCUAAUAACGCUAUAUAAUAGUCACUGUUGAUGGUUUUUCCCUUUUCAAGGUAGUCGAUGAAAAUUAUACCAUGCGAAUCCCAAAAUACAGACGCCAUAACCUUACCGGCCGAUUGUUGAGUCUUUCCACGCUUUGGGUUCGGUUCAUCGCGUGCAGUCCACUCAGCUGACUGUCGAUUGGACUCCGGAGUGAAGUGAUGGAGCCAUGUUUCGUCCAUUGUUAUAUAUCGACGAACAAAAUCGGUUUUAUUUCGAUAUAACAGCUCCAAACACGAAAUUCAUUUUUUUCCCUUUUUUUCACAAUAACAAAAGUAGCUUCACUCAAAAUGCAAUAUCCCACAAACUAAUAAUCAGACAGCUGUCAAAUUUAUACACGUAUCUUUUGAAGGUUGGUACUAACUGAAAAUGGUAUGGAUUUAAUUCUAGCUGCGCCCUCUCAUAGAAACGAUACGAACUUUUCAGCCGAUCUCUUAAGCUCUGCCUCAUCGAACAGUUUGCUUUCGUUACUGCGAAAAUCGGUGCAUUUUCGAACUCAUCGAACGCAACAAUCAAGACUAUGACGGUGUUUAUUGUCUCCAGAAAGUUUACAUCGCUCUAGUACGCGGUAUUCUUGAAUACGGAGGUACAAUUUGGUCCCCGAAUCACCGUGUCCACAUUGGUGGAAUGGAAACGGUCCAGAAGUAUUUCGUUCGAUUUGCAAUUCGAAGAUAAUCUUGGCCAAAUCGUCUUCAUUUGUCAAUUGUUCAAUUGUUCUAAGAAUCGCUGUGUUCUCAUCCAUAAUCUUCCCAGCUGACUGACGCUUCGGACACGUGGUUCACAGGAUGCAGUCGACUCAGAUGAGGAUCGAUUUGGUUCUGGAGUGAAGUUAUAGAUCCUUGUUUCAUCCAUUGUCACAUGUCAACGCAAAUAAAUUGAUGUAUUGUAUGCGUAAUCAAACACUGCUCUGAACCUUUAACACGUUGUUUUUUAAUCGACUGUGAGCCACUUUGAAAAGAGCUUUCUCAUGGUGGAAUAUUCCUACAUAAUUAUUAAAACACUGCCUCCUACGCAAUUUCAAUUUACGAUUAAAUAUAUCAAAUUUGUGGACCUCGAUUGGACGAUCAGAACGUUCUCCAUCAUCGGUGGCUGCAGGAUGAUGUAAUCGAUCUACUUCGUAAGGAAACUGGCUCUGCGACCUGAGCGUUUGAGGUUUUGUAGAACGCUAAAGGCCUGCUCUUAUUACUAGCGACUGCUCCACCUGACGACCGAAGUCCAAAUAAGAGUUGCGACCUGAGCGUUUGAGGUUUUUAACCACGCAGAAGGUGCAUUCUGCGAAGCUGCUGGUUAUUUAAAUCAUUCCCACGACGUCCGCUUCCAUGCAACGCACAAGAAGAAAUGAUCGAUUUUCGACUACGGUUCCUCUUUCAUACGCAGUCAGUUGAAGAUAUGUGCCUGACUGCCUCAAAAUCGUCGUCCUUGCGCGAAAACCCCAAGCGAAAGUAAAGAGUUUUCCGCGUUGUUUUCAAAUUUGGAGAAAACUUAAUUUUGAAGUUGUUUGUGGUUAUCUCACAUUGUUCAAAAUUUUAUCCUAAAUUUCUGAUCAUAUUUUUGAUGAAAUGGUGAAAGAAUUAUGUUGCUGCCAUUAAUACAAGUCGAGAUAUUCACGGUUAAGUUCUGCCCAUUCUUCCAUAUGGCUAAUUUUGAAAAGGCACCCCAUAGUAAAGUAAGUCACGACAAAACGAAAUUAUUGCUACGGCCAGCUAAGCUAAUCGGCCAAUUACCGCCACUCACGUGAAAUGUGAUCCCACCUCAACCGUCAUAUCGUAUCAGUAUUAAAACUCACAGCAUACUACGUUUUGCACACACAGCCACACAUACUCUCAUUAGAAGCACUGUCCCUAGACAUCAUUUUUCCCCUCCGAAACCUCAUCGAAUAUAUGGCAGCGGUCCGACGUUCAGUUAGAGCAUGCACGAGGCAUUUCACGGAUACGUUCGUUCGUUCGUUGCUGUCCAUUUCUAUUCAACUGUAUCGAAAAUCAAAAUCUCUUCCAGCUCGCAUUCGCACAUCUGCAUUCAAAUUCACUACUCGAAAAGCUUUAACUUUGUUCUCUCUUCUCUCAUGUUGUAAGUAUGUAUCAACUGUCGACGUUAUAUCACCGCACCUCCGUAUAACAAUACCUUACCCUUCACCUACCCUUCACCAAGUAAAAAAUAAAAUCAUUUGGUUCCUAUCAACACACGAGUUGAGCUCUAAUUUAUAAUCGAUCAAAAGUGUUAGUAACAAUAAAAUCAUCACACUUGUAUUAGUUAGCUAUUCCUUGGCAUCACAUUUUAUAGAUCUAUGUUUGAAGAACAACAAAAAAAAUUGGAACAAACUUCCGCCAUAUGGGAAGAUAUUAGCUCUAAAAAUGUAACAUUCCAAUUUAUUUUACUAUACACACAUGUGUACGAUUACGACUAUUAUAUAUUUUUAAGCGGGCUGCUCAUCGUUAGCUACACUAUAUUAUUAACACUUAAAUGAACUUAAGAAAACACGUUGAGAGUGUAGUUCGAUACCUCCCUCCACGUGUCUCACACGCAUAUUCUCGUACAUAGAAAAGUUCACUCACGCUUCAAGCCUUAAAAUAUAUUAACGAAAUCAAAAGAAAAAAAAAGCAAACAAAUAUAAUGAUGCCUUUAAAUCAACCAACACAGAAUCAAACCUUAACAAGGACCCUAGAUAUUGUAUUUUUGUACACAGAAGGAAAAAAACACACACUCACACUCACACUCAUACAUCUUACUGGGAAAGUGAGAGAAAACGCUGAGCGACAACAAAAAGCAAUCGUUUCUAUUCGCUGUAAAAAGUUAGGUUAUGCAAUUAUUUUAGAAAAAAAAAACAGUACACAACUACACCCACUCAUAGCUUGAUAAUAGUUUAGUAAAAAUACAUAACAAAAUAAAAGAAAAAAAAUCCAGCAAAAGGAAUAUCGUUCUUAUUAUACAUACUCGCUACUAAGCAAAUCAAAACAAAAAAAAAAAACAAAGCAAACGCUUCCAGCAGUCUCCAUGUCAGAAACAAACAAAAAAACACACACGCAAGCGAACCUUGAUGUUAUUUGUUGAAUUGCCUAUUGUUUAUGGUUCGUUCCUCAGUCGGGACGAACGAAAAAAUAAAAUAACUGAACGAAAUUUAUAUAUUGAAAGAAAAAAAAAAUUACAACAAAAACACAUUACAAUAAAGACUGAUGUAUAUGUCUUAACUACUUACUUAUUAUUAAACAGAACAAAAAAAAACAACAACAACAAAACAAACUAGUGAAAAGAGCAUCACACCCGAUCACAUUUUAUACGAAUGGCACCGCUUCUGCUAUCUAUAUAAAUAUAUACUUAAAAAAAAAACAAAAUAACAAAAACAGUAAACGCAUUACUAUUGAACAAAAAAAAGCAAAUGGCAACGGGGUAACUGAUAUCUGUACCGACAAUAACUGAGCUAAAGCAAAACUCCACUCAUUGAGUAUAGAGAAUUGAGACAAGGGGAAACAGUUACACUGAACAAAAAAACAAAACAUCGAAUAAGGUGACCGAAAGUUACUAUUUAAAAAUACAACAAAGUUUAAAAUAA